GUGUCACUGUCAUUUUAGCGAAAUUUGCGGGUAAAAUUCGUUUUAGGUCCGAUUUCAUAUUGUGAUGUUACUUUAGUUUUAGGAAAAAUGAACGACGUUCAAAGUAUUAUUGACCGUCAACUUGGGAUUUAUUCUCGCUUCAACUACGAUAAUAUAUUAAAGAGGCUAUCGGUACAGAGUGAGGAGUCUUUUUACGGGCUACAGACCGCCAGUUCGCCAGCGAACUUCGAUCAAGAUCCUCCAAUAUUUGCAUGCCGUUUUUCUGAAGCUCCAGGCUACGAACAUAUCCUAGCACUUGCUAACGAGGAUGGCCGUGUUGCCAUUCAGGAUACCAGAACACAGAAAACUGCUAGCACACUGGAAGGAUUCCAGUGCCACAACAAUGCCGUCUUUGACCUCGCAUGGAUGCCACAGAAUAUGAAAUUUGUUACAGUAUCGGGCGACCACACGGCGUGCCUGUGGGACGUGGCGGAGGCGGCGCCGCGGCGCGAGCUGGUGUUCUCCAGCCACACGCGCUCCGUGAAGACGGCGGCGUUCCGGCCGACCGACCCGCGCGUGUUCGCCACGGGCGCGCGCGACGGCCGCGUGCUGGUGUGGGACGCGCGCUGCGCCGCGGCGGCGCUCGUGCUGCGGCCCGACCUGUGCCUGGCGGGCUGCCACGCCGUGCCGCCGCGCGCCUCGCCCCGCGCGCGCCGCCCCCGCGCCGACCCGCGCGCGCUCAGCAUCACGGGGCUCGCCUUCCGCGACGACCUGGCGCUCGUCUCGUGCGGCGAGUGCGACGGCAACAUCAAGGUCUGGGACAUGAGGAAGAACUACGGCGUCUACAAGCGCGAGCCGCUGCCGAGGCACUCCAUCCCGUACUGCGGCAGCUCCGCGAGGAACGGCUACACGAAUCUGAUCAUCGACGACGCCCGCGUGCGCCUCUACGCGAGCUGCAUGGACGACGUCAUCUACUGCUUCAACGUGUCCACGUUCGGCUCGCUGCCCGAGCAGCGGUACGUCGGCCACGAGAACAGCACGUUCUACAUCAAGACCGGCCUCAGCCCCGACGGCGCGUACCUCGUCAGCGGCAGCAGCGACAAGAACGCGUACGUCUGGAACGUGAAGUACUCGCAGCCGGUCGUGCGGCUGAGCGGGCACCGCGCCGAGGUCACGUGCGCGGCGUGGUGCCAGCGCGGCGACACCAAGAUCGUGACGUGCAGCGACGACGCGCGCCACAAGAUCUGGCGCGUGGGGCCCGAGGCGCCCGCCGGCGAGCUGGCCGGCCGCGCCGAGCUCACCCCGCGCGCCGACGGCGGCCCGCAGUGGGGCCGCGACCGCACGCCGCACUCGCUCAAGCGCGCGCGCCGCGCCGAGCCCGCCACGCCGGCCACGCCGGCCACGCCCGCCACGCCCGCGUCGCCCGCCUCGCCCGCCGCGCGCGCCGCGCCCGCCGCCAAGCGCGCCGGGCCGCGCCGCUGCCUGGCCGAGCUGCUGGGCGCGCGCGACGCGGACGCGGGCGCCGCGAAGCGCCAGCGGCUGGACGCGCCCGCCGCCGCCGAGCGCGCCGGCCGCCGGCGGGCCCGCGCGCCCUCGCCCGCCGCGCCGCCGGCCAAGAGGAGGCGCUCGCAGCCGGAGCGCGCCGCCGACGCCUGGCCGCCCGGGGGGCCCGCGGGGCCCGCGGGGGGCGGCGCGGCGCUGUCCCCGCGGAGCCCCGCCGCCCGCUCGCCCGAGGGGGAGCCCUGCGGGGCGGUUAAGAUCAUCGCCUUCACGACGCCGACGAAAGAUUUGCCAAAUUUCGUUUUAAACGGGGAGGCGCCCCACCUGAGGCUGAUGUCGCCGGUCCGGAAGAAGCCGGAGACGACGGACUGGUUGACUCUCAUGGUCCGCGAGCGGAGAGGUAAGGCUUCGGACGCUACCGACAAGCCGAGCGUUGCAGCACCGUCUAGUCCGAAGGAAAACAUGCCCGUGCGUAGGAACUCGGUUACGGACAAAAUGACUAAAUCCAGUACUAAGAGUAGAACUUUACUCAAAUAUUUCAGUGUCGCCAGAAAAGAAAAAUAAAAAAGCUGUAAAAGUUGAUUUAUUUUAAUCGCUAAUAUAAACGUUACAAUAACAGAAUAUUAGCUUUUAGAUUCACGACAAACAUCACUGUGACACGACACUGGUAUUUGACAAUUUUUGCAUUAGUCUAUGUGACUGCGGCCUCUGAGAGCAGAGCACUGUAGGGAGAGUUGGAUUGCCAUAUAUGUGUUGCUCUAGUUUGUUCAGACUGCUCAUAGCUAACUAAAAACACAUCUCUAUUAGAUUAAAAAAAUACAUGUUUUUCAACAAUUUCUUACAAGACAAAAUUAAACAUUCAAUUGUUUUUCAAAUUCUAUGCUAUUCAUAUUCUCAAUUCUACAUUAUAUAAUAGUAACGAUUUGUUUUAAGGAGGUCAUCUAAUGUAGGUAAUUUCAUAACAUAUCCAUGCCGAAGGGAUCAAUGUUCAAGUUAUAUAUUAAAGAAAUAAUUAUAAUUGACUGGCUCAUCGGUUUAGUGGCUAAUUAUUAGGCUGCAUAAUAAUAUGCCGAGGCCAUGGGUUUAAAGCCCAGGUUGUUAUCUGUCAAAGCAAUCUCAGCAGCAAUGUUAAAACUCCCCGUAUAGCAUGUACAGCUGUCUGUACAGCACCUACGCCUGAACUCCCCGCGUCCCAUCGGAGUACAAGAGUGAAGGAAUAGACAGAUCUCUUGUGCCAGUCUGGUCCCCCUUGAGAAUAGUCAGAGUCGCUCACAGAGUCGGAGACUUCUUAAAUAAAAAUGCAUACUUAGUUUGUUUUUGUAUUCUUUGAAGUUAUUUAAGAAUCAGUUUUUUCUUCUUCAAAUUUUGUCAAAUGUCACUGAGAUAUC